CAGUAAUAGGGAUUUUAAUUCGGAUUUAAUUACGCCUGUCCAAUAACUAAACUAGAAAACUUGCUGAAUUCUAUUAUGGGACACCUGUCCAAUCACUAGAUAACUAUACUUACCACAUAUUUCUACAAUUUUCAACGUGUUUACGUAUAAUUAACUGGAUAUAGCAGUAAAAUUAAUUUAAUAAUCGAUUUGACAUUUAUUGGACAGCUGUCCAAUAACUAAAUUUGGCCGUCCAAUCACUAAAUUGAUUUUUAGGACUGUAGUAAAAUGCCUAAACUUAGAAAAUACGAUAAGAAUAAACUUAUAGAAGCUGUUAAGGAUGUCCAAAAUGGCACUGAAUCGUAUAGAACAGCUGAAAAAAAAUAUGGAAUUCCGAAGUCCACUAUAGAAUUUAAAUUAAAACAUCCGGAACAUAAAGAUACACUUGGACCGUCUCCUAUUUUAACUUGCGAGGAGGAGAAUACUCUGGUUAGAUGGAUACAAGAAACCGCUUCAAAAGGUUUCCCCAAAAAGGCUAACGAUUUAAAAAGCAGCGUGCAAAAAUUUUUAACCGAAAAUCCUCGCCCCAAUAACUUUAAACAUAAUCGACCUGGAGAUGGAUGGUUAAAAGAUAGUGAUUCCGAUGCUAAUAACAGUAACCAAGACAGUGAGGAUGAAGACAUUGACGAACUUUUCACUCAAUACAAAGAAGCACAGAAGCAAUUAUAA